AUGAUUUGGGGCGCAGCGUGCGUGGCGCUGGAGCAGCAAGGGCCGGUGUUCGUGCUGGAGCCGGCGGCGCGGGUCGAGUUCUCGGCGCACGGCAGCGGCGUCGUCAAAGUCGAGUGGCUCUUGGCCGACGGCAGCCCCGCCCUGCCGGUCGAGCUGCCGCCCUUCCCCGCCGACCGUCUCCGACACGACGUCCACUCGGCCCUCUACAGGUGCCGCGCUUCCAACCACCUCGGCACCAUCCUCAGCAGGGACGUCCACGUCCGCGCAGUUGUUCGUCAGCAGUACGAGGUGCAGGUGUACGACGAGUACGUGAUCAGCGGUGCUGCGGACGGCAGCGUCAGCAUCUACCCGAACACGGACACGGGCGGCAAGUACGCCGUGCUGGGCGACCUCUACGUGUACGACGCCGGCCCUGGCGAUGCCUACAAGAGCUACGCGUGCCGCACCGUGCACCAGCUGACCGGAGAAGUGCACGCCAGCGUCUAUCCAGGCCGCAUCGUCGUCUCCGAGCCAAAGGGACCGGUCCAGCCGCGCAUCACCGUCGACAAGCACUCGGCCAAACUGGUGCGCGUCGGCGACGACGUCACGCUUGCCUGCGUCGCUCAGGGUUACCCUGUCCCCAGCUACAGGUGGUACCGUGAGCAAUUGCUGCCGGUGGCCGUAGGUCAGCGGCUUUCCCUGGUGGCGCCAGGUUCGUCUGGAGUGGUGGACCGUGGAAAGUAUUUGUGCUGGGUGAAUAAUUCAGCUGGCGAAGAGACGGUUCAGGUGGCGCUGACGGUGACGGCGCCGCUGUCGGCCCACCUGUACCAGUGCUUCGUGUCCAACGAGUGGGAGCAGGCGCAGGCGACGGCGCAACUGCUGCUCGGCGACGCCAGUCCGGAUCUCGUCUACUGGUUCUCCGAGCAGACCCUGCAGCCAGGGCCCGCCGUCUCGCUCAAGUGCGUCGCCACUGGCAUCCCGCCGCCCCAGUUCGUCUGGACGCUCGACGGAUUCCCUGUACCUGACAAUAAUAGAUUUCUCGUGGGUCGGUACGUGACUGUGCACGACGACGUGAACAUCUCGAGCCUGCGCGAGGAGGACGGCGGCGAGUACACUUGCACGGCGCGCAACGCGGUGGCGCAGGUGUCGCACAGCAAUCAUCGAGGGCGGCCUUCCGCUGACGUUCAGGUGGGAACGCAACGGGCAGCCGCUGCCGUCGCCCGCCGCCUCGACGAAUACUCGGCCUCGCUCGUCAUCGAACACAUCUCGUCAGCCCACAGUGGCGACUACACCUGCAUCGCCCAGAACGUCGCUGGCACCGUCACCUUCACCGUUCCCCUCACCGUCAAUGUUCCACCGCGGUGGGUGAUCGAGCCGAGCGACGCGAGCGUGGCCUCCGGACACGACACGUGGUGUUGCACUGCCAGGCCGACGGCUACCCUGUGCCCAACGUGACCUGGCGUCUGGCGGACGGAAACGCUCCUGGCGAGUACAAGGGCCAGGUCGCUGGCAAGCGCCAGGUGCGCACCUCCAGCGGCUACUCCAGCCACACUGACGAGACCAC